UCUCGAUCGUAUGUCGUGGAAGCAGCAAGCUCUCCCGUCCUGCGGGACCCGCCUGCUCUGGGUUCUGGUUUGGAGGGGUUUUCAGCCGGCCAGGGGAAGAAACUUAACAGUUGAUCAGCAUCAAACCAGUUUAGGCUGGGCUCAGAUGCUGCAGGUUUGGUGGGUCUGGGUGCGGCUCUGAUUCACACACACCUCCACCCACAGCUGGAGAGAGACCAGGGGUGUGUGACACGUCUCUGACACCAGACGACACGCACGGAGACGCUUCACACACACAUCGGCGGAGACGGACACACACACACACACACUCAUGGAUUCGUCUGAUCAGGUGGGUUCUGACCGCUCCGGGCUGUGUCUGGUUCUGGUGGGCAGCAUCGGCUGCGGGAAGACCAUGACGGCGGACACCCUGCUGGGUCAGAGCUCGGCCCCGGGGCCCUCGGCCUCGUCCCGCGUGAGUCAGAUCCGGAGCGGGCAGACGGCGGGCCGGCGGCUGACCGUGGUGGAGACCCCUCGCUGGUACUGGCGCGGUCAGGAGGUGGAGGCCCACAUCCAGGAGGAGACCCGCCGGUUCCUGGGCUCCAGAGCUCCGGGGCCCUUCGUCCUCCUCAUCCUCAUCCCCAUCGGAGAGUUCACGGAGGUGGAGCGGCGCAUCCCUGACCAGCUGGAGCGCACGUUCGGACCGUCGGUGCUGGCUCACGCUCUGGUGCUGCUCACCUGUGGAGAAUACCUGAUGGGUCAGCGUCUGGACGAGUACCUGAAGAAGGAGCCGGGGCUGCAGGAGGUGGUCAGGAGGUGCCAGGGCCGCUGCCACGUGAUCAGCAACCGCAGACCGGACGACAGACAGCAGGUCCUGGCUCUGCUGGAGAAGGUGGAGCUGAUGAUGCUGAGGAGCGGAGGCUUUGUUCUGGACGCACCGGAGAGAGAGUCCAGAGAGCAGGAGAAGAUCCAGAUCAAGCUCAGCUCAGACACAGACUCGCUGCGGAACAGAGUCAGGGAACCAACACUAAUCCAUACGUCUGACCGGCGCGCAGAAGAAACAGGAAGUGAUGUAGUGAUGGAGAGACGCCUGAUCAACGGGCUUCAGUCGCAGCAGAGCGAGUGUGAGGACACACACACCCGACACACACCGCUGGAGAAAAGGCCGAGCUUCAAACUCAACAAAGAGGGAGCUGUUCUCAGUCAGAUGAUGGAGUCUGCAGAGCUCCAGAGCGGCCAGAGCUUCAUCAACACCGUUCAUCACAGUUUCAGCAAGGUUUCGGACGGCGGUGUGUCCUGCUCCUCGUCUGAUCUUCUGGAGGACUCUUCUCUGCCGGAGCUGAGGCUGGUUCUGCUGGGCCGGCGUGGUUCUGGCAAGAGCUCGGCUGGGAACAUCCUUCUGGGUCGUGAGGAGUUUGAUCUGACGCCGGACUCUCGGCGGUGUGUGAAGGGCCGAGCGCUCGUGGACAGCACACGGCUGUCGGUGGUGGAUACGCCGGACUGGUUUGAGUCGGAGAGAUCUCCUGAGGAGGUGAAAGCUCAGAUGUCCUCAUGCGCGGCUCUGCUGGCCCCGGGCCCUCACGCGUUCCUGCUCUGCGUCCCCGUCGACCGGCCCGCUCAUUCCGAGCUGUCGGCCCUGAGCUCUCUGGAGGCCGCUUUCGGACCGGACGCCGUCCGCCGGCACACCGUGGUCGUCUUCACGCGCUCGGAGCUGCUGCCGGACGCGGCCGAGGUGGAGCAGGUGGAGGCCCACAUCGCCUCGCGCCGGCCGGAGAUGCUGGAGCUGGUGCAGAGGUGCGGUGACCGCUAUCACGUCCUGCAGAGCGGAGGAGCCCAGGAGCUGCUGGAGAAGGUGAAGCAGACGCUGAGAGAGAGCGGAGGAGACUUCUACAGAGCCUCGGACGUCCAGCAGAACCAGACCCUGACGGUCAGGAGAGACCGGCCGACCCCCCCGCGCUGUCUGGACUCCCUGAAGGAGGAGGAGGAGGAGGCGUCCGCGGCGAGGAGUGAGCGCCCGGCCCCGGCUCCGGCCCCGGCCCCGCUCCGCUCCGUGUGGCAGACGGUGGGCCGCGUGCCGAAGCUGCUGACCGCCGGGGCCCUGGCCGGAGCGGCUCUCGGUCUGUACCUGGCGGGAGCCGCAGGGGCCGCUGUGGGAGCCGUGCUGGGAUCGGUGCUCAGCGAGAUCACGAGACACACACUCAAACACAAAACAGAGUAACACACCGCUCCGCACACACACAUCAGUCUCUGACAACCUGGAGCGCAAAACCUGACCGAAACUGAGAUUUAAAAUAAUCUGCUCUGGUUUGUUGGGAGACGGCAAUAUUUAACUAUCUGGGGCCUCAUUUAUAAAGCGGGUUAGAGUGUGUGCUCAUAUUUAUUAAAACGCUCUUUUUGAGCAGAUGCACACACACACUUUUUAUUGUCUGAGUAUCGCAGGUUUUUGAAAACGUAAGCUGUUCUUGCUGCUCUAUUAUGAAGAUUAGUGAUAUAGUGACCUCUUAUAUGAUAAUGAUGUUAAUUAGGAGUCGUUUACACGCAAGAAGCUGAAACCAUUUAUUUGCACAUGUCAUGUGAAAGAAAGUGUUUUCCGUUCGUAUGUUCAUUCUAUGAUUGGAGAAAAUCUAAUUUAGGAUGCUUUCUGUGCCACGUUUUAUAAAUGAGGCCCCUGGAAUGUAAAAUGUAAUAUUAGCAAUGCAUGUUUACUAAUAAAAAAUUCUUACAAAAUA